GAUGGAAGAAUUUAGAUUCAAUUCAUCCGCCAUCUUGUUCUUCUUCUAUUCUAAUCUGUUAGGCGAGAUCGUGAGGCUUUGGCGUUGCUUGUGUCAUUUACGUAGUUUUUAUAUUGGCAUUUGUGAGAUAUAUUCAAAGUUAUUAAGUGCUGUGUAUUUCUGAAUCAUUUGAAGUUCUACUUUUUUAUCAAAACAUGCCUGGAAAAGGGGAUCGAGAUGAUAUGGAUUUAGAACCUGAACAAAUGCGUAAAAUAUUUAUUGGUGGCUUGGAUUAUGGGACUACAGAAGAAACACUGGAAGCUUACUUUGAACGCUGGGGUGAUAUUGUAGAUUUGGUGGUAAUGAAAGAUCCAUACACCAAGCGAUCUCGAGGUUUUGGAUUUGUCACCUAUGCGCAUUCCGAGAUGGUUGACGAGGCAAUGUCACACAGGCCUCAUAAAAUUGAUGGUCGUGAGGUGGAAACAAAGAGGGCUAUACCGAAAGAUGAGAUAGAGAACAUUCCUCAGCAAGCGAUGGACGUGAAGAAACUAUUUGUUGGUGGCCUCAAACACUUAGAGGAUAGUGACCUUCAGGAGCACUUUACUCAGUUUGGAAAUGUUGUCUCUUGUGAUAUAAUUGUCAAUAGAGACACUGGUGUCAAGCGAGGAUUUGCUUUCAUAGAAUUUGAUGAUACCGAUGCAGUGGACAAAGUCAUUUUGCACAAGAAACAUGAAGUAAAAGGUGUUCGUCUCUUCGUGAAGAAAGCUGUUGAGUGGACUGAGGUGAAAAAAUCUAAAGAUGGCUUCCGAUCUCGUGGAGGUUUCCGAGGUGGAAGGGGUGGCCGAGGAGGUCGGGGAGGGGAUGAUUUCUAUGAGCGGCGAGGCGGCGGUGGAUAUCGGGACGAUUAUGAAGGUGGACGACGUGGUGGCGGAAGAGGCAGAGGAGGGUUCCGACGUGGGGGAGACUUUGACAUGUAUGACUCUGGUUACCGUGGUGGUGGUCGGCGAAGCUACCGAGACGAUGAUGACUGGGAUGAUAGGCCACCACGGCGAGACUUUGGCCGCCGUGAUGAUGACUGGGAAAUGGAUCGUCCCAGUCGCCGUUUUAGGGAUGAUAGCAUGGACCGUGGAUAUGGAGGUGGUGGUGGUGGAGGCGGUGGCGGAGGUGGCGGAGGUGGUGGCGGUAGGUGGGAAAGUGAUUCCCCCAAGAAAGUCGGUUGGGGAGGAGGUGACUCUUGGAGACGAGGCUCUCCAGAUAGAGGUGACUCAGGUUUCGGAGGAGGUAACAGAUAUGGUGGAGGCCCAGUCAGAUCCAGUUUUAAUUCUUCAAACCGCAGUGCACCGUAUGACACAUCUUACCCUCUCAACCGCCGAGGCAGAUACUGAGUUUCUAAGUCGAUCAUGUAAGUGAUCCAGAAGUGUAGGGACAUUCCAAUCUUUUAUGGAUUGAUGAUCUAAUUUAUUUUUAUUCUGUAUUAAGUGUACUAACACAGUAUCUGUUAUGAGCUGUAAUCUUUUCAAAUAUUUUGUACUAACUGUCAUUGUUAGUACUUCAGUUUUAACAGUUAGUUACUGAGUUAAAUAUUAUAUCACAAAUAUUCUUUAGUUUCUUUAUAAGCCAAUAAAAUUGUUUUUGAAUUGAAUCAAUGUGUUGUGCAAGCUGUUUUAAGUUUCUUUUAAUAGCCAAGCUACUUUCUGAUUGUUUAGAGUUGUUUUAAUGUAUAUUUAUUUACCAUAAUAAAAAUCCUCCUGUGUAAUUUAAGUAUAUGAUGUACAAAGAGUAGUUUUUGGCAUCACUUAGUGUAAUUUUUUUCGUGUAAUGUAUUUUACUUUCUCUUGAAUAGUAAACAGUUAAGCUUAUGAAAAUUAUGA